ACACACAAAAGCAGAGGGCGAGGCAUGGCAACUGUGAAACGUCAUUUCGUAGGAACACAAACCUGUCUACGCGGUGACCUGGCUGUGUUGGUUCGUAAAACCAAGUGAUGUCAGCGAGUGGGAUAAGGGGCGGAUCUGGCGUGCCCAUGAACGAAACUCUUCAGCGUGUCUGAAAGAAUGCAACAUGGAUGAUGAAGUUUCCCAAAGUUGUGAUUAAGUAGCGGACAGUGGGGAAAUGGACAGAAGAAUAGAAGGAAAGCUUAGGAUCAGCCAGAAAGAGAAGGUGUCCAGUAAUAACACUACACAGUCGCCAUUGAAGACGGGCGUCGUAAUCCAGGACGACUCCCCACACGCUGCGCCCCCGCCCCAGAUCCGCAUUCUGAAGCGGCCCUCCAGUAACGGGUCGUUAGGGUCGCCCCAGGGCCAGAACCGGCCCGUGCCACAGGUCAAGUCCCUGGCCCAGCGGGAGGCGGAGUACGCUGAGGCCAGGAAGAGAAUACUGGGCAGUGCCAGCCCUGAAGAGUCGCCUCAGGAAAAGCCCAACACAGACCGACCAGGGCGUACAAGUUCUACCACACCAACAGAGGACCGGUCAAACAAUCAUGCUGUCCGCCAACCAGCAGGCCCCGACGGCACUCAAGGCUUCUGCCAAAACAGAUAAGUGGAAGAGGGGCAAUCCUGCUAUCGGGAGAGAUGGAGAGGAAGAUGAUAUGUUUUUUGGCUCCAGGGGGUAUCACAGGGUUUUAAAAACCAUUUCCUUCUAUUCCAUGGUAUGGGAUCAGCUGUGAAUCGGAAUGCAAAUGUCCUCCCCUCUCAUGGCUCCCACUGGUAAUGUGUGGGAUGGAUUAGAGGCUCUGUAGGAAGCAUGCUUUCUCCCCCUCUCCAUCCCACCCCCACUGUUUAACACUGUGAUAAAGGACAUCUUCUGCCUACUGUGAUGAUCCCUUUAAGUACCCCACCCUACACCCACGUUGUCCAAGGAGUCCUCUCCUUCUCUCGUCAUGGGAAACCUAUGGGGCUAUUGCUUCUGUGGCUAAUUUGGUCAUCAGCCAUGGACACUUUCAUCUGGAAAUACUGAGAGCAGAGGAUGCUUAACAGAAGAGUAGUGACCGAAGCAAAGCAAAAUGAGGGAUGGUAGUACAGUGCCUUCAAAAGUAUUCAUAACACCUGACUUAUUCCACAUUUUGUAUUAAAUAUAUUUUUUUCUCAUCUGUCUACACAUGAUACCCAAUAAUGACAAAGUGAAAACAUGUCAUUUUAUAAGUAUUGAAUGAAAUAUCUAAUUUACAUCAGUAUUCACACCCCUGAGUCAAUACUUUGUGGAAGCACCUUUGGCAGCGAUUACAGCUGUGUCUUCUUGCGUAAGUCUUUAAAAGCUUUCCGCACCUGGGUUGUGCAACAUUUGCCCAUUUAAUUAUUUUCAAAAUUCUUCAAGCUGUCAUUGCUAGACAACCAUUUUCAGGUCUUGUCAUAGAUUUUCAAGUAGAUUUCAAUUGUAACUUGGCCACUCAGGACCAUUCACUGUCUUCUUGGUAAGCAACUCCAGUGUAGAUUUGGCCUUAUAUUUUAGGUUAUUGUCCUGCUGAAAGGUGAAUUAAUCUCUCAGUGUCUGGUGUUAAGCAGACAACCAGGUUUUCCUCUGGGAUUUUGCCUGUACUUAGCUCCAUUCCAUACAUUUUGUUGUUGUUAUCCUAUAAAACUCCCCAGACGUUAACCAUUACAAGCAUAACAUCGUAUGAUGCAGCCACCACUAUGCUUGAAAAUAUGGGGAAUGCUACUCAAUAAUGUAUUGGAUUUUUCCAAACAUAACUUUGUCCUGAAUAAAAAGGUAUUAAUGGUUUAAAAAAAAAAAAAAAAACAUUUUCACUCUCAAUUAGGUUAGUAUUGUGGAGUAACUACAGUGUUGUUGAUCCAUCCUCAGUUUUCUCCUAUCACAGCCAUUAUACUCAGUAACUGUUUUAAAGUCACAAUUGACAUCAUGGUGAAAUUCCUGAGCGGGUUCCUUCCUCUCUGGCAACUGAGUCUUUUUGUAGUGACUGGGUGUAUUGAUACACCAUCCGAAGUGUAAUUAACUUCACCAUGCUCAAAUGGAUAUUCAAUGUCUGCUUUUUUUUUUACCCAUCUACCAAUGGGUAGCAUUCUUUGCAAGGCAUUGGAAAACCUUGGUCUUUUAUUUUUUACCUUUAUUUUACUAGGCAAGCAGUUAAGAACACAUUCUUAUUUUCAAUGACAGCCUAGGAACAGUGGGUUAACUGCCUGUUCAGGGGCAGAACGACAGAUUUUGUACCUUGUCAGCUCUGGGGUUUGAACUUGCAACCUUCCGGUUACUAGUCCAACGCUCUAACCACUAGGCUACCCUGCCGCCCCACAGUUGGGGGGGGGUUGUCCUUUGGUUGAAUCUGUGUUUGAAAUUCACUGAUCAACUGCGGGGACCUCACAGAUAAUUGUAUGUGGGGUACAGAGGUGAGGUAGUCAUUCAAAUAUCAUGUUAAACACUUAUUGCGCACAGUGAGUCCAUGCAACUUAUGUGAGUUGUUUAGCAAAUUUCUACUCCUGAACUUAUUUAGGGGUGCCUUAAAGGGUUUGAAUACUUAUUGACUGACUCAACAUUUCAGCUUUUCAUUAUUACAUAACAUAAUUCCUAUUUGACAUUAUGGGGUGUGUGUGUGUGUGUGUAGGCCAGUGGCAAAUCUACAUUUUAAAUGUAGCUUCUAACACAACAAAAUGUGGGGAAAAGUCGAGGGGUGUGAAUACUUUUUGAAGGCACUAUACCUGUUACCAGCUUCACCCAGCAAUAAUGCUAGAGAUACCAUUCAAUUCCCCCUUACUCCACAGCCCUCAUCUCAUAUUUUUUGUUGUCAAUGUUCCACUUAUAUUUUGAUUAUUGAUGAUCAAAUCUGUACAUUGCCAUUAGUUUUCAAUGGAGGGUGACGUGUGUAAGUUGAGUUCUGAUAACUUCUGUUUACGGUUGUCUUUUUUUAAAUUGAGCUUUUUCUGGCGUCUGUCCUGUUUUCUAUUUAAAAUAUUUAAAUAAAACAGUACAACAAGACAAAUGGAGAUCAAAUUGUGGAUUUUGGUCCUUUUUGUUUAAUAUUUUUGUAUGAUGAGAUGGUAGUGAUGUCAGAGCAGUAUUUUAAUCAACCCCCAUUUUAAAUCAUUCUGUUAAUAUCGGUUAGUUCAAACUCAACUGUAGAGGUGGUGCUGGCAGGACUUGGGAAAUAAAUGUACUGCUGUACCCUUUACUGCCCCUCCAUAUCUACUGUCAACUGUAUGUUCAUUUCUUCUAAUGUACUUCACUGAAGUAGUAACUCAGGUGCUGAUGAGACAGUCUUUGACAUUUCAAUCUUAAGGAGGGAUUGAGUGCAAAAAAAGGUGAUGUUCAUAAUAAUACCUGAGUUAGCACCUACUUUGAAAACUGAUAAUGCUGCACCGAUGUGUUCAACAAAUGUAUGUUUAGAAUGAAAUGAAUCUGAGUCAGUCCAAGUCUGCCAGGUGGUUAGCCUCUGGCCCCUUCAGUAUGCCAUGGUAUUUGAAUGGAGGAAUAUCACUACGCUACUCCAAAGAACCCAGUGGAGUCCAAGACCCUCUAUAGCAGCCAUGUUACUGCUUCAGAUAGAAAUGUGCAAAAUGGACACUGUGGUAGUCACAACUAUGAACCAUUCAUCUGGAGUGUUCGGUUACAUUGCUUCCCCACUGACUUAAGUUUUCACCUGAUGUCAUAUUAGUUAGGAGGUUUUGGUUGUGUAAACUGAAUAUGCUAAAGGUUAAACCCUGGAUACUGUAAGGGAUUCCUGAAAGUCUGUCUGCACCAACCCAACUAGCAGGGGGAGGCAGAGGAUCCACAUGGUUUGUGAAGCUCUGAGUGAGAACACAAAAAGGCCUGUAAAUAUUGAUUGAAUAAAAAUGAUUUGUAAAAUAA